AUGAAAAAUUUUAUAGCCAAAUCAAUUAAGCAUCUUUAGAAAAACUCAAGACAAAUACUUACUAUAAAUCAAAGGAAAAUUCAUCUUGACAUCACCAGGAACUCCUAAUUUGCUGAUCUAGCUCAUUUUGAGAGUAUUCUUGAUAAAUAAGGCGUGGUCACAAACGAGUAAGUCUUGCAUAAUCACAACAAUGAUUGGACUCAUAAAUAUUAAGGCCACUCUAAGCUUUUGUUAAAACCAAAAACUCCUGAGGAAGUAUCUUAGGUAUUAAGUUAUUGUAAUGAAAGAAGAUUAGCAGUUGUGCCAUAAGGUGGAAACACUGGUUUAGUUGGAGGCUCUCAACCUGUAUUUGAUGAGAUCAUAGUAAAUCUUAGCAGAAUGAAUAAGAUAUUAGAGUUUGAUGAAAGUUAUGGCAUAGUGACUGCUGAAGCAGGGUGUAUUCUCUAGGAUCUUCAUAGUUUCCUUCAUGAUAAAGGUUAUUUGAUGCCAUUAGAUCUUGGAGCUAAGGGAUCAUGCUAAAUAGGUGGAAAUCUUGCUACAAACGCUGGAGGAAUUCAUUUCAUAAGAUAUAAUUCUCUCCAUGCUAAUUGUGUUGGACUAUAAGUAGUCCUAGCAAAUGGAACUAUCCUGGAUAACAUUACAAACCUGAGAAAAGAUAACACUGGCUAUGAUUUAAAGCACUUAUUUAUUGGAGCUGAAGGAACUCUGGGAGUAAUUACUAAAUCUGCUAUUCUCUGUCCAACACUUCCAAAAUACAAGCACUUGGCACUUGUUUCAUGCAGAAAAUUUGAAGAUGUUUUGGAAUUGUUGAAGAAAGCUAAACUAUAGUUAAGUGACAUUCUUUAGGCAGCUGAAUUUAUGGAUCAAAUUUCAAUGGAAGCUGUCAAUCAUAUGCUUGGCUUUAAAAAUCCAUUGAAUAAGGAGUACCCAUUCUAUGCAUUGAUUGAAGUUGCAAGUAACAAUGAAGGCAAAUCAGAUUCAGAGAGACUCUUUAGCCUGUUAGGAGAUACCGAAAAUAUAGUGGCUACAUUAAAGUAUGACAUUUCAUUAAGCACAGCUCACUAUUAUAAAAUUGUUGAAGAGGUCAGACUUCUUAUCUUAAGCUCUCACGAAUUCACUGACACAGAGAAAUAACUAAUUAAAGUAACAGGGUACGGUCAUAUUGGAGAUGGAAACCUACAUUUAAAUGUAGCGAUACCAGGUUAUGAUAGUUCUUCCCUUUAAGAUAAACUGAAUGCUGUGGUUGAUCCUUUUGUAUUUGAUUAUGUUAAGAAUGUGAGGGGAAGUGUAAGUGCUGAACAUGGAAUUGGUCUUCAAAAAGCAAAGUACUUAUCAUACUCUAAGACUCCAGAGAUGAUUGAAUACAUGUAGCAUAUUAAGGAUAUAUUUGAUCCAUGUGGUAUCAUGAACCCUUAUAAAGUUAUAAUGGAUUCUAAAAUUUCCUAAUGA